ACUAUAAAACUCAAACUUACAAAACUAGAAGAUUCCAAAUUACUUUCAAAUCAGUAAUUAAUGAUGAUGCAUGCAUUCCGUAUAAUAUAGUAAUCAAUCUUCAGAAGACAAAGUUAAGUGACUCUAUAGUAAACCUUUAAGCUUCUCAGUCAUGACCCAUUUUCAGUUGCAAUAAUAACAAAGACCAAAUAUGCUCGAUAAUGAUAACGUUGAUAAUUGUCCGUGAUGCGUUUCACAUAUUCACGGACUCAAAAGUUGUUCAUAGAGUACUGGAACAAUCAUCCUUUUCCGCUCAUUAAGUAACAGCUUAAAUAGUUUGCUAUAUACAUAUAUAUAUAUAUAUAUAUAUAUAUAUAUAUAUAUAUAUAUAUAUAGCGUGGAUAUUAGUUUUAAAAACUCUUACUUGUCACGCGAGCCCCAGCCAUUGAUGUCUGCUUGAUACACUGUGUUUACAAUUAUUUCUUUUUCUAUGAUGGCGUUUUUACCUUUGUUGUGUUCCUGGAUCAUAUUAGCCACGGCAGUGACACAGUCCCCUUUAACGGAUGGAAAUUCUCAAGUUCAACAAAAGAACGUCCUCUGUUCAAAUGAGUUUUCUGCACAAGAAAUCAACGCUCUGAAACAACAACUGAAUCAAGAAACUGCGAUCAGAUUGUCGCUUUUAAAGCAGGUGUAUUCAUUGGUUAAUGAUGUGCUCAUGAUGAAGAAAGAAAUGGCUGUCAUGGAAGCAAAAGUACAAGAUCUUGGAAAGAAUGUUGGUCAUCUCCAGUUUGAGAAUCAAAGACUUCGGAGUGAAAUGGAGGACUACAUCAUGAAAUCAAAUGUUAGUGAUGAUAUUCAGAGAGAUCUAUUAGAUUUGACGGUAGCUGUUGGUGAUCUUCGUAAUUCUACCAAGAGCCAAGGCAGAGGGGCUGUUGUAUUCAAUGCCUACAUUAGCAAAACGUUGUCCUUUGAAAGAAACACCCCGAUCAAUAUUGUGUAUGACACAGUGUUAUAUAACACCAAUGACGUGUACAGCCCCCUAACUGGCCUCUUCACAGCGCCCUCUGAUGGACUCUAUGUUUUCUCGUGGACAAGUCUGGUAGCAAGGUACAAGAUAUUCGAUACAGAACUCAAUGUCAAUGGAAAAAGAAAGGGUCUAGGAAAUUGCAACAAUGAAGGGAGCCCUGGUUUCGAAAAUUGUGCAAAUACUGUUCCUGUAAUCCUUAAGACUGGGGACAAAGUCAAUAUACAAACGACCACGGCAAACUUUAUUCAUGGACACCAGUGGUCCUCUUUUAAAGGCUGGAGAGUUGGGUAAAUUGAUGCCUAAGGCAGCUCCUUUACAUGUUUUAAUCAUACAUGGCGUAUUGUGGAUUUUCUUAUUGUUAUGCUUGCCUUAGUAUUUAGUUUUAUGCACUCACCAGCUUAUUUUGCAUCGCUUGAUAAUUUUCUUUUUUUCCGGAAUUUAAAAGAUGUGCAUACUGUCAAAAAUUUCAUUGGAUAAUAAAUCUAUUAAAUUAAAAAAUAAUUCGAUUGUUUUUAGUAAUCAUCACAAUAAACUGGAAAUAUAUUAA